UCGGGGUUCCCCAGGGCGGCAGGCAGAGCCCCCUGUUGGGGUGUACCCAACACGCAGCGCCCACGGAGGGAGCACGGGGAGGGGUGAAGGACCCUCCAGGAGCCGCGGGGUGCGGCAGAGCCGAGGGUCAUCGGCCGGGCGGGCUGCGCUCCCGCCGCUUCCUGGGUUAAUGAUUGCCGAGGCCGCGCAGGGCAGGGUGGGUGGCGGGCGCUGCCUCUCCCCAGCCGCCUGCCCCAGGGCCCGGCAGUAGCCCAGCCUUCGCCUGCGCAUGGUAAGAGGGGGCUUGGAGCCCGUCCCCGUGGUUUUGGGGCUUGCAGCUGGUUUUCCGGUCACGUUGCGUGGGUGAACGCAGCACCUCGUCCCUGGGCAGGGCUGGUGCUGGCGCUGUGCGGAGCUCCUGGCUCUGCAGUGGCCUGGCCAGGCUGAGUGAGGGGGGGGCUGGGACCUCGACAUAAAGCUCACCUGCAGCCCCUCUGCCUCGUCCGGUCCACCAUGGUGGAGGUGACGGUGACGCCGCAGUCCUCGCUGGCCGACCGGGCGGUGCAGGUGGUGGUGCGGGGGCUGGCCCCCUCGCAGCUGGUCACCCUGCGGGCCUGGCUGACGGACGAGCACGGCGAGCGCUUCCAAGCGCGUGCCUUCUACCGCGCUGACGAGGCGGGCGAGGUGGACGCCGGGAGGCACGCCGCCCUGGGGGGCAACUACGCUGGCGUCUGGCCCAUGGGGCUCUUCUGGUUCCUGCAGCCCGACAGCCUCUUCCGACGGCUGGUGAAGCGCGACGUGGCGGGCAGCCCCUUCCUCGUCCACCUGGAGGUCUUCGACGGCCUCUGCCUGGUGACGGGGCCGCAGGACGAGCCGCUGGCCGCCUGCACGGCCGAGCGGUGGUACGUGGGCCCCGGCGUGCAGCGGGUGCCCAUCCGGGAGGGACGGGUCCGGGGGGCCCUGCUGCUGCCACCAGGGCCAGGUCCCUUCCCGGCAGUGAUUGACCUGUUUGGGGGCGCGGGCGGCCUCAUUGAGUUCCGGGCCGGGCUGCUGGCCAGCCGGGGCUUUGCGGUGCUGGCGCUGGCCUUCUUCGCCUACGAGGAUCUGCCCCGCACCCUCACCCAGCUGGACCUGGAGUACUUCGAGGAGGCGGCCAACCUGCUCCUCCGGCAUCCCAAGGUGCGAGGCCCGGGCCUGGGCGUCGUCGGCGUGUCCAAAGGGGCUGAGGUGGCCCUGGCCAUGGCCACCUUCCUCCCGCAAGUGGUGGCCACGGUGUGGAUCAACGGCACGGCCUUCCUGCACGGCAACUCGCUGAUCUACAAGGGCCUCCACAUCCCCCCCAUCCCCUACCACACCGAGCGCAUGCUCUUCACCGAGCUGGGCGCCAUGGACAACUCAGCCAUCUUCGCCGACCCGCGGGACCCUGCCUGCAGCGCCUCGGCCAUCCCGGUGGAGAAGAUCCAGGGGAAGGUCCUCUUCGUGGUGGGGGAGGCCGACCGCAGCUUCAACAGCAAGCUCUUCGCCCAGCUGGCCACCGCGCGCAUGCGACAGGACGGCUACCGCCUGCUCUCCUACCCGGGGGCUGGGCACCUCAUCGAGCCCCCCGGCUCGCCCCUCUGCAGCGUCUCCAGCCUGCGGGGCAGCCCCCGGCCUGUGGUGUGGGGUGGGGAGCCCCAGCCCCACGCCAAGGCGCAGGAGCACUCGUGGCAGGAGAUCGUCCAGUUCCUGGAGCUGCACUUGGGCCCUGCCGCCUCCAUCAAGCUGUGAGCCCUGCAAUAAAGGCGCCCUGGGCACCGACCCUGGGCCUGUGCUCCCCCCCCCGCAACUGC